AACUUCUAGGUCCUAGCAUUUCCUCCCCCACUCCGAACACUCAACAGUAGCCGCUCGACUAGGCAAAACGUCGUUGCCUGUCUCCCGGUCUCCCCUCACCUGAGAUCUGUCCCAGUGUACGUGACGUUCUUGCCUCGUCGAUGCGUCCUCCGCACGAGCGGCGGCCCAGAGUGGCAGCCCAUUUCACGGUACUGGCUUGCCUCGCCGUGCUUGCGCCUACUCGCGUUGCCGGCGCUGGCAUGCCGGCGACCUUCAUCUUCGGCGACUCCCUCGUCGACGCCGGCAACAACAACUACAUCGCCUCCCUGUCCAAGGCGAAUUACCCCCCGAACGGCAUCGACUUUCUCGGCCACCAGCCCACCGGCCGGUACACCAACGGCCGGACCAUCGUCGACAUUCUAGCGCAGGAGAUGGGGCUGGAAGGGUUCAUCCCGCCGUACAUGGCCCCGGAGACCACCGGCGACGCCGUGAUGAGGGGCGUCAACUACGCGUCCGGCGGCGGAGGCAUCCUGAACCAAACCGGCAGCAUCUUCGGCGGGCGCCUGAACUUGGACGCCCAGAUCGACAACUACGCCAACAGCCGGCACGACCUGAUCGCGCGGCACGGGGAGGUGGCGGCGGUGAGCCUGCUGCGGGGCGCGCUCUUCACCGUCACCACGGGCUCCAACGACUUCAUCAACAACUACCUCACGCCCAUCUUCUCCGUGCCGGAGCGCGCCACGACGCCGCCGGCCGCCUUCAUCGGCGCCAUGAUCGCCAAGUACCGCCAGCAGCUCACGAGGCUGUACCUCCUGGACGCCCGCAAGGUGGUGGUGGCGAACGUGGGCCCGAUCGGCUGCAUCCCGUACCAGAGGGAGACGAACCCGUCGGGCGGCGCGGCCUGCGCCGAGUUCCCGAACCAGCUGGCGCGGUCCUUCAACCGGCGGCUCCGGGCGCUUGUGGACGAGCUGGGCGCUGCCCUCCCCGGCUCCCGCUUCGUCUACGCCGACGUCUACCGCAUCGUCUCCGACAUCAUCGCCAAGUACAGAUCCCACGGGUUCGAGGUGGCGGACUCGGCGUGCUGCUACGCGGGCGGGCGGUUCGGCGGGCUGGUGCCGUGCGGCCCGACGUCGCGGUACUGCGCCGACAGGUCCAAGUACGUGUUCUGGGACCCGUACCACCCCAGCGACGCCGCCAACGAGCUCAUCGCCCGCCGGAUCCUCGACGGCGGCCCCGCGGACAUCUCGCCGGUGAACGUGCGCCAGCUGAUCACGGCCUGAGCUGAACCGAUCGGUCGCCGCCGGCCGGUGCUGUUUAUUACUCCAGCUAGCUGCUUAUUCAGAUUCAUUUUCCGUUCAGGAUCGGAGAUUAGUUUGGGUGGGUUAAUUUGGCAUUGCUCGGUACUUCGGUGUAAGUCACUCGCUCGUGCUUAGCGAGGUAGCACGAAUUCUCGUGCGCAU